UGAGCAGCAGCUGCAAAAUCUCCGUAUGUUCUUGACUACCAAGUAUCUAAUAUCUGCCCGUUCGCGGCAGGCGGUGACGAGAGGCUAACUAGGCGGGAUCCUGGGCGAGAAUAGAUGCUCUGGAACUGGUAUACCAUCGAUACUUGUUUCAUUGCCAAUACCUGGCACAACGACACCACUGCCAAAUUUGCCGGCUCCUGCAUCGGCGUCAUCCUGCUGACCAUGUCCCUCGAGCUCCUCCGCCGAUCUGUCAAGGAGUACGACCGCUAUCUCAUCCGCAAGCAUGCUGCUGCCGCUGCCCUCUCGGCUGCUACUGUUACGUCUGUUGCGACAUCUGCCAAGGGCAGCGACGACAGCCAGGCCAUCCCCUCCGGCCCGGUGCCUGCGCAAGCUCGAUCGCCCGGGUACCGACCUACCGUUUUCGAGCAGGCCAUCCGUGCUCUGCUACACAUGGUCCAGUUUGCCGUUGCCUACUUUGUCAUGCUUCUUGCCAUGUAUUAUAACGGCUACAUCAUCAUCUGCAUCUUCAUCGGCGCCUACCUCGGCUCGUUCAUCUUCCAUUGGGAGCACCUUGAUGUCGGACGCAGUCCAACCAGUGCCACGCAGGAACCUUCGGUGUGCUGCGCAUAAGCUCUCGAAUUUAAUGCUAUUGACAAGUAGCAUGAGCGAGAAAGCCGACAAGGGUUACUAACGGCACUAGAUCCAGAAAAAAAAACACUCUUAAAAGUA